UGUAUUACUCCUCUAAAGUACAAGUACAUGAAACUGUGCUUAAGCGCAGUAAUAUUUAUGUGCAGUGAGUUUAAUCCAGUGAUUUCUCAGUGAACGAGAAGCUGGAUGAGGUCUGGCUGUCUGGAGACAACGUCAGCGUGCCAUUGCGCAUCCGGAGAGCGCGCGCUCCAGCGGUAGGAGCGAAGGGGAGGAUGAACACGAUCGUGGAGGUUUUGGUGUUGAUGGUAAUGGCGGGGAGCGCGUGAAGCCGUUUCUUGUGGGAUUAACUCUCGUGGACAUGGAUUUAAUGGACGAUCGUAGUUGUUUUAGUUGUUACUUCUCCUGAGAGACGCAGACAAACAGAAAGGAGCGGGAGAGAUGGGGGACCGACAGCGGCGGACCGGGAGACUCGAGAACCUCACUACCAAGUCCCGGGUCUCCAAGGAGACCAAGCUCCGGUUGCGCGUGGUCUUCCUGGAUGACAGCGAGCGCACGUUCGAAGUGGAGCAAAAGGUUUUAGGUGGCGACUUCUACAACAAAGUGUGCGGUCAUCUGAAACUGCUGGAGAAGGAGUACUUUGGCCUGGAGUUCAGACACCACAGUGGCAAUUAUGUUUGGUUGGAGCUGCUGAAACCUUUGGUCAAACAGAUCAAAUACACCAAUGAUUUAUUCUUCAGGUUUAUAGUCAAAUUUUUUCCACCAGAUCCUGGACAACUCAAGAGAGGCCUCACCAGGUAUCUUUUUGCCUUACAGAUCAAGCAGGACUUGUCUAAUGGCAGUCUGACCUGUAAUGACAACAGUGCCGCCCUGCUGGUCUCUCACAUACUGCAGUCAGAGAUAGGGGACUAUGAUGAGGAGCUGGACUGCCAGCAUUUGGAGAUGAAGCACUAUGUUCCCAACCAGGAAUAUCUGGACCACAAAAUCAUCAAGUUUCACAAGAAACACAGAGGACUCUCUCCAGCAAACUCCGACAUCCAGCUGCUGGAGGUGGCGAGGAAGCUGGACAUGUACGGAAUCAGGCCUUACCCUGCCUAUGAUGGGGAGGGAAUGAGGAUCAAUCUGGCUGUCACACACUCUGGAGUGCUAGUCUUUCAGGGAAACACAAAAAUCAACACAUUCAGCUGGGCAAAGAUCCGCAAGCUAAGCUUCAAACGCAAGCAUUUCCUCAUCAAACUACAUGAUAAAGUUGGGCCCUCGUGUAAGGAUACACUAGAGUUGGCCAUGGCCAGCCGUGAUGUGUGUAAAUCAUUCUGGAAGAUGUGUGUGGAGUACCAUGCUUUCUUCAGGCUGGCUGAGGAACCAAAGGCCAUACACAAAACUCUGCUGUCAUGUAAAGGCUCCAGCUUCAGAUACAGUGGUCGGACCCAGAAGCAGCUGCUGGAGUGUCUGGGAUCAGGGGAGAAGAAGCCUUCACACUUUGAAAAGAUGUACAGUCAGACAGACUGUGACCCCAGACAAUGUCGAUCUUCUCCUGAUCUCCUCACAGAUGUCUCCAAACAGGUGUACGAACAUUCCCACCCAUUCCCACGGUCAAGUCGUGCUCUGGCAAUACACAGCCAGGAUCAGCUGGACCCGCAUCAUCGAGACAAUGAUAUUGAAAUCAACGAAAGAGUGGCUAAACGCAGCCAUUCAUGUGUUGAGGUCAGCCAGAGGCCUCGCCUCCUCUCCCAAGUCACUCCUCUUUCUCCAUCUGUCAACCAGACAACGCCGCCUUCACCCUCACUGAAGACGAGAUCUGCUUCGAUAUCUGUAGUAGAGGACGCAAGGGGGGUACGAAUCGGGACACAGCGCCAAGCCCAGCGGUUAGCUGGUGUCUAUGGAAAUCGAUCUAGACGUCGACCCAACCCCCAGCCACAUCCAGAUGCAGGACAGCAGCUGGUCCUUCUCUACCCUAACAGCCCUGCCUACCAGUAUCAUCCUGUCCUCCCAUCGUUCCCAUUAGCUGGCUCCUCGCCACUCAACCGACAUCCCUACUUGUCGGAAUUUGUUACCGUUUCCUCACUGGAACGAAUUCCACAUACAAGACGGCGGGAUUAUGUGACAAUGGAUGGCAUAACACGGCCAUCUUUUUACCCAAUGUGUCACGAUUCGCCAUCUAGUUCACCAAUCAGGAGAAACCUCCGCUCUAGUGGUUCAGGUGGGCUGGGAUUGGCCAGAAUGUACCAACCAGGAAGCAAUGGUGCAAGACUCAGGGGCGUUGGACAUACAGAGGCGGGUCAUUACAGCGAUGACUCCAACUUCCUUCCUGGACUGCCUCGCCGUGUAGCCAGCCAACCUGAUGUCAAAUUAAACCUCUCGAGGAGCUCAAACACUGCCUUUAACCCUGCUUCUGAGUUUCGCCCUCUUGGUUACUACCCCCACCUGACGCGCCCCUCCAGACCCACCUACCUCCCACUAAACUCUUCCCCUCUGCCUGAACGCCCCAGUUCACUAUGUAUGAUUGGCAGCACUGCGGGAAGCUACAGCGAUUCAGACCCGGAGGUUUUCUAUCCAUACUACUGCCCUGCCCCUCAGGUAGGCAAGAUGGUACGGUCCGCUGGUCUAGCCAGGAUGAGGUUUUCAUCGGGGAGUCUCCAACUUGAUGAGGAGGAAGAGGGGGAGGAGGAAGAGAGGGAGCAUGCAACAGCAAAUGAAACUGCAAAGAAGGAGCCAGAGGGUGAAGAGGAGAAGAAAGAAAAGAGUGAAGGAGGAGCGGAUACGAAAGGAGCGGCAAAGGUUACUGAAGUGACGCUGUAGAAAAAGAUUAAAACAUUAAAGCGAUUCAUGAUCACAGUCAAAACUGGAAGGAUAAUUUAAAAUAGCAUAUCCUCUGCAGACUGUAGAUAACACGAUAAAUGUAUUAGAUAAGAAGUGUGUCGUUUUGAGGUGCACUGGCAGAUGAAAUGUAUUUUUUUGCCUUCUUCAAGUGAAAACCUCAGAUUUUGAAAAGGGGCUACUGUUUUAGUGGCUAUUUUAUAGGUGCAAGCUUACAAAAACAAGUAAAUAAAUAACAAUAAUAAUAAUAAUAAUUAGUAUUUUAGAAAUUAAAGAUGUUUGACAAAUUAAAGCAGACAACAAUUUAAAUUUUUUGUUAAGGUGUUUGAGCCACUACAACAUUAACUCUUCAAACAUUCCUUUACCAGAGGGGUAUGGGCACCAUGUUUCUUAAAUAUUUUCCCUCAUUUCAUGUCUUGAUGAUGAUCAUCAAAUGGAGACACAUUGGUCUCCUGAAGAUGUUAAUUUUAGUUGCAAUCUGGUGACUGUGAAGUUCAUAGGCUACUCCUUAAGCCGUGUUAACUAUAAGGUAGGCCCAUAUAUAGGUGGAGGCACUGUCAUCCUGAAAUAGACCACUCACAUCCCAUACAACUGGUCAACCAGAACAACUUUCUAUUGGUUUUCAUUUUUCGUUCCCUCUAAGGCAGGGGUGGGCCAAUAAUUUUUCCAAGGGACUACAUGAGAAACUGGGACUGCAGGGCUGCAUCAAUUAAGCUUAUUGGUGUGGCCAUCCAAAAAAGUCCCAGUUUCUAACGUGGCCCCUCGGAAAAAGGAAACCGCAAAAUACCCCAAAUGUCUUAAUAGAGUCAACAGAUGCUCUAAGGGCCGAGCAUUCUAGGCUGUGCUUUUCUCUUGAUGUCUUUAUGUGUGUCUUUUAUGCAGUCUCUCACUUAUUGACAGUAUGGUUAAGAAUGGCUCACCCAAACGUAUCACUUUUCCACAUUUCUGCAGACCAGUGCCUAUGUUGCUUUUUUGCUUUGUAACCCCUUUCAUUGAAGCACUCUAUAGCUAUGUGCAGUACAUGUGUGAAAAGCAUACCUAGGUUGAAAAAAACAAAUGGAUGAAGCAACUGUGACGUUAGCUUUUCGGCCACUGUUACACUAGUUUUUGGAGCCAGAAUUUAUCAUAUCUGGACAAGUUAUCAGUUGCUGGUAAAAAAAAGGAGAGUGUUUGGUCACAACCCCCCUGAAAUCUUGGUAGAUAAAGAAAAUCUGUAUUCCCCAAUUGACUGGGCAGUGGAUGCCAAGUGAGAGCGGCUAAAUGAAUAUGGUACUGCACUGAAAACUUCUUUUUGAUUGAUUUGCUCACUGGCAGAUCACUACGGUGAUCCUGUUUGCGUGGAAGACGGAGACUUAACUACAAACAAUCACCUAGUGGUGGUGAAACUCUGAAAAGUGCAUCUAUUGGAAAGUGUUGAUUUUAUCAUCUUUGAUGUUGCUAACCACAGGCAGCAACCUCCACUGCCAGCUGGUAAGGGAAAACAUAUUUUUUGCAUACUAAAUAGUUG